UUUGCACUGGUUGGCUCUGCAGUGAGGCAAGUGCCUGGAGAUCAUACUUUUAAAUCUUUCUUUUGAAAUGCCCAAGGAAAGGUUGCAGCCCCCUGGUAUAAAAAGCUCUUGGGGUUCCUUCACGUAUCACAGACUCUAAAGCCGGAAAGGACCACUGUGAUCAACUAAGACUGCUGUGUUGGGCGGGAAUGAACCCCAAACUUCCUGGACGGCAGAUGAGAAGCGUCCCACCAAACCACUAAUGCAAAGGCAUAGCAUCAAUCCAGGCCUUUGCGAGAACUCAUCCACAAUUUGAACCAGGACCUUCUUGCACCCAAGGGAGAAUCAUAUCCUUAGCCCAACAAGCCGCUUUCAUGGACCCAAUGAAUGGGCGCCACGGACCAUGAAUUGGGGUGUCUUUGAAGGGCUCCUGAGCGGGGUGAACAAGUACUCCACGGCCUUCGGCCGCAUCUGGCUCUCCCUGGUCUUCAUCUUCCGGGUGCUGGUCUACGUGGUGGCGGCGGAGCGGGUGUGGAGCGACGACCACAAGGACUUCGACUGCAACACGUGCCAGCCCGGCUGCUCCAACGUCUGCUUCGACCACUUCUUCCCCGUCUCCCACAUCCGCCUCUGGGCCCUGCAGCUCAUCCUGGUCACCUGCCCCUCCCUGCUGGUGGUCAUGCACGUGGCCUACCGGGAAGCCAGGGAGCAGAAGCACUGGGAGGUAGCGGGCGAGAACUGCCGCCGGCUCUACCCCAACCCCGGCAAGAAGCGGGGAGGGCUGUGGUGGACCUAUCUGCUCAGCCUCGUCUUUAAGGCUGCUGUGGACAUGGUUUUCCUCUACAUCUUCCACCAGUUCUACAAGAACUACAUCCUCCCCGGCGUGGUGGAGUGCGAGAUCCCCCCGUGCCCCAACAUCGUGGACUGCUUCAUCUCCCGGCCCACGGAGAAGAACAUCUUCACCCUCUCCAUGGUGAUCACAGCCUGCCUCUGCAUCCUGCUCAGCUUGAUGGAGGCCUGCUAUCUGGUAGGGAAACGGUGCCGAGAGUCCCUGCUGUCCAGACGCGAGAGCAGCCAGAGGGAAACCAGGCAGUUCAGGAGCGUCGUUCAUAGCAAGGACUGUUCCCUCUCCCAUGGCGAGCAGGACAGCCUUGAGCCGGGAGGGCGGGUUUUCCAUGCUGCAGAUUGCAAGCUAGUCGCGGCUCCAAACACAGCCAGUUCCCCGAUAGGAGAAGAUGUUAUCUCCUAAGCAGAGGGAAAGACAUAGGGAGGCUGUCUCCAUGCAGAACGGCCCUCGUUCGAGACCAACCCUCCUUGUUGGCCGAGCCUGAAGACAUCGCAAGCCAAGAUCAGACCCGGCCUCUGCUGGCAGCUCUGCUCCCAUCACACGCCCAGGUGUUAACGACAUUGGGUGCUCCCCCUGCAUUGCAUUGGUCUGGUGGAAAUAAGUGGACUCAGGCACUGUAGAGAAGAAUGGUCUCUCUAGUCAGAGGGAAGCUCUAUAGGAACCACCGGCUGGAGAGAAGCAGGGAGAAAGGGAAUGUUCAGAGGAUGUUGUGAAGGGCAAGACUAUAACAGGGUUCAAAAAAGGACUAGAUAAGUUCAUGGAGGAUUGGUCCAUCAAUGGCUAUUAGCCACGAUGGGCAGGGAUGGGGUCCCUAGCCUCUGUUCGCCAGAAGCUGGCAAUGGGCGACAGGGGAUGGAUCACUUGAUGAUUCCCUGUUCUGUUCAUUCCCUCUGGGGCACCUGGCAUUGGUCACUGUCAGUAGACAGGAUACUGGGCUAGAUGGACCUUUGGUCUGACCCAGUAUGGCCGUUCCUAUGUUCUUAAUGCAAAGCCGAGAGUUGUAGGAUUUAGACUUAGGAGAUUUGAUGGGUCUGCUGCUGGCCACUACUGGAGACAGGACACUGGGCUCAAAGGACCCAUGCUGUGACCCGGCCUGGCAAUUCCUGUGGUGAGAUAGCAUGCAGGAUUGUGCCCCCCUGUGUUUUUCAGUGGCAUGCCCAGACUAACUUUAAAGGAGUCAAUUGGAAGGUCAAGCCUCAGAGAGAGGAGUGGGAUGUAAGGAACAAGCCAGACUUCUCAGCUGGCAGUGAGAAUUUCUCAGCCAACAGAGCUAGUGCCACUGUGGAAACAGACCCAGGCCCUUCUGUCUGUCCCUGAGCUGACAUGCCAAAUGGUAGGGGAAGGUUGGAGAAAUCCGGCCUGGCCGUGAAUGUUCCUUGGGUGGGGAUGCUAAACCAAGUGGGUAUUUUCUCUCCAAGCCUGCUGGGGAAAGGGGCAUGAGGUCUCCAAAGUGCCUCAUUUCAUGAACAGUUCUUCGGCUUUGCUUAACCCAACAGGACCAACUGGGGGUAGCAGAAGACACUACAAAGAACAGAAGGCUUCCCAAUGAAAAUAUUGCAGCAUUUUCCCGUCUACGGGAAAUGACCAAUAAUCCAUCCUGCCAGAGAUUCAAGUCAUGGAAACUAAACACAUGCUAAUGUUGGUGAUGGGGAAUCCGUUCACCCUUAGGGAAUUAAAGAGUUUUGCUGACGGGGGAAAGGGGUAAGGCGGCAGCCAAGGGGAAAGAAAAAAAAUCUCCUAGAUUCACUGGUUUUCAAGGCCAUUUUGAUCAUCCCGUGUGACCUCCUGCAUCAUACAGGCCAGAGAAUUCCACCCAGCUAUUUCGGCGUCAAGCCCAUAACUUCCAGUUGAGCUAGACCUCAUCUUUUCGAAAGGCAUCCAGUCUUGAUUUAAAGACUCCACACGGUGGAGCAUCCACCACAUCCCUUGAUAGGAAGUUGUUCCAUUGGGUAAUGUUGAUUGGUGGUGCAAAGGCAGCUGUGUAGGUGACCCUCUUCCUGCGGAAUCAUUUGUCAUUCAACAUCCCAUAGCAUCCUUCAGGGAGUAGCUAGUGAUGAGACAGCCAAAGCAGGAAACUGCAUCCUGCUGCCGUAAAUUCUCAGAUACCUCAC